CCUAUUUAGUCGCAUCGUGCAAUAUCUGGAAUCUACGGCUGUAAUAUUAAUAAAUAGUGUGCCAUGAAACUUCAUCCAUAAUGCACGAGAUCGUCACUUUGCAACUGGGUGAGCGGAGUAAUUACAUUGCGACUCACUUUUGGAACCUCCAGGAAUCUUACUUCACAUAUAACGAAGACUCAGACCAUUUAAUAGACCAUGAUGUUCAUUUUCGACCUGGGCUGGGUGCUGAUGGAACAGAAACAUUCACACCAAGAACUGUCAUAUAUGACCUGAAAGGGGGGUUCGGGGCUCUUCGUAAAUAUAAUGCGCUUUAUGAAGUAGAAGAUUCCUCGGGUGUGCUUAGGGGGUUAUGGGAUGGAAAUCAAGUUGUGCAGACGCAGCCCAACAUCCCCCAAAGCGAGUAUCAAAAAAACUUGGAUACUGGGGUUCAGCCGCCAGAUUUGACGUCAGAUUCUGUACGUUACUGGUCAGACUUCAACCGCAUAUUUUAUCACCCUCGAUCAAUCGUUCAACUGAACGAGUAUGAGCUUAACUCGUCUUUGAUGCCAUUCGAGCAUUGGUCAGCUGGGGAAGACUUGUUUGGUGAUUUAGAUAAAGAGCACGAUUUACUAGACCGAGAUAUCCGUCCUUUCAUGGAGGAAUGUGAUCAAAUUCGUGCCCUUCAAAUAUUUACUGGGUCUGACGAUGCCUGGGGAGGGUUUGCCGCUAGGUACGCUGACAGACUGAGAGACGAAUACGGUAAGACUGGUAUUUGGGUAUGGGCAAUCGAAGAUGGCGCCAAGGUGCCAAGACAAAAGCAAAUGUCUAAAAUGGUCAAUACAGCCAAGACUCUCAACUCUAUAUCGCCUCUGUCCACGUUAUACUGCCCUAUUAUCGAUUCUCCACCAACCCUUCCAAGCUACCUCACGGUCGACUUUAAAUCAGAAUGGUCAAAAGCUGCAUUGAUUGCAUCGGCAGUGGAAACAGUAACGCUUCCAGCCAGACUCAGACCUCAUCACGAUUUCGAGUCUUCGCUGAUGGGACAUAGCGGAGGAACACAGACCAUUUUUGAACUGCAAUCGUCAAUGAUAAGACGUGAUAGCAAUAAGAGACCUCGCUGGGUUACAUACGAGGAUGACCUGAGUGGACUAGAUGAGGAUGUGAAAUUGGAUUUUGAUCUCAACUUCACUAUUCCUAAGGCUAUGACAGAUGGCACAACUGUUUUUACUCAAGCACAAGUCUUCAGGGGCCGGAAAGAAGAGUUUGCACAUGAUGCCACAUCGGCUGUUGAGGAUAUUGGACUGGCGCGUAAAAUGCGUUUUUAUACAUCCAAGCCAGCGCUGAAAAGGUUCUCAACGACAUUGCGGUUUCCACUCCCUGAUAGCUAUCCUCGCAAUUUAUUCUCGGACUACGAUGCAGAGACAGGGGUAGAACUUUACACAGCGUUGUCAAGUACAUCAAGAAUUGGCGACAAACUGAAAGACCUACAGACGAUUGCAAGUAGAAUGGUAGGGGUGGAGGAAAGGGAGACACUGACAAAUGGCCUAGGGGAGUUGCGGGAAGCUUACGAAAAAGGCUGGAUGAGCGAGACAGACUCGGACGACGAUUGAUAGGCUAUCUGUGCGAUGGAUUUUAUACUCUCAAUUCUUGUACGAAUUACAAGUAAUAACAUCAAUUCGUUGUAUGUAAAAAUAGAAAAAGAUCGCCCGUAUUAGGGUUAGCCGCAACCACUUUUAAGGUUCGACGGGCGGUGCAAACAUGCCUAAUCAGGAAUAGGAAGUACCAGGUACCAGUUGCCGGCCGGCGAUCCUGAUGCCAAAGUGUCCUCUGCGAUAAGGCC